AUGCCCGCGCGAACGAACAAGGAAGAGCAGCCACAGGCUGAGGAUACCAACAUGGAGGACGCCCCAGCCUCCGCGCAGCCCGAGGUGAAUAACGAGGAUGUCGAGGAUGAGGAAGAAGAGGAGAUUGAGCCCCAGAGAGUCCGAAUCCUUCCUGGCUCAACGGACACUGCUGCUUCCUUUGAGUUCACUGAUGAAGGUCAUACACUCGGAAACGCGCUGAGAUAUAUCAUCAUGAAAAAGUUUGUAUUCCCUAGCAUGUACUAUGAAGCCCAAUUAACAUAUGGCAGCCCCGAUGUUGAGUUCUGUGCUUACUCCAUCCCCCACCCCUCAGAGCCCAAGAUGAAUAUCCGCAUUCAGACCUACAGUGGAACUGCAGUUGACGCUCUCAAGAAGGGGUUGGCCGACAUUCAAGAAGUAUGCGAUGUGGUCGCCGAUGAGUUCUGGACCAAGAGGGAGGCCUACAACGCAGAGCAGGGGAUUGACCGAUGA